AUGCCCCCGGGUCCAGGUGGAACGGAUUCGCGCGAUGCCCGGGGGCCUCCGGAGACCCACCGGGGCUCUGUUAGGGUCUCCGUUAAUGAACCUUAUUUAACCUCAUCCGACACCCUCGUUUUGGGAAACUCCCUGAAGCGUGACAUGCCCUCCGAAACCUUCGAGCUCGAGGUGCCGUUUCACCCUGUUUCACCUCUUCCUCCCGCCCAGCGGCCGCCGGGAGUGGCCGGAGGCCAUCGAUACCGGGCCGCAAGCGCAGUGACACUGUCUCAACUCUACAGUUGUAUUCCAGACCGAUUCAGACAUCCAUACACCGACCCACCCACAAAAAACUAUCAUCUCCUAAGAUUUACUCAGUGUCUGACACCCAAGUUCCCAACUUGUCAAUUUAAUUGCUUGUGGACCAAAUAUCCUUCGAGAACACGUAGUACGUCAGUCGAAGCGCGGAUGGUUGUACUUCAUGACCCAAACUCCAAGGGCCCACAAAUAAGCCUCUUUCUUCAUCGACGCACUCCGCCUGCAUCUUCCGAGCUUUUAUCGGCUACCUUGGGUGUGUACAUUAUCUUCGCCUUGGUCGUCGUAAUCAUAGGCAGUCUUCUCCUGGUCGUUGUGCUCCAACUACAAUCGCGCAGGAUUGAGGAACGGCUUCAGGCCGUCAUAGCCGCCCACCAACCCCGUCAGCCCCGGCCCCGCACCCGGGCAUCGAUGCCCACGCCGUGCCCAGGAAUCCCUCCGUCCCGUCGGCCAGCGGCUUCGUUCCCUUCGGUAUCUUGCCGUGGCUCGAUCCCCGACUCUUCCUCCUCCGAUGACUCCCCCAAUACUGACUUCACCGUUCCUCACAGGAUUCCCAACCAACUCUUGAGCUUUAACGAGAAAUCCACUCGCUGGAGCCAUAACUCUUUGACGUUCAAAUUCCUGGAUGAGCCUUACUCUCCCAAAUCACCCGAAUCGGCCCAUUCACUCCCAUAG